UAUGCAGUCGCUGAGGAUUUACCACAGCAGAGACAGAAGCAUCACUUCAAACUACUACGGGAAACUACGAGUCACUUUCUCAGCUGAAGGACGACAACGCUUGAACCAUGUGUGGAAUCUUUGCCUACCUGAAUUACCAAGUGCCUCGCACCAGAAAGGAGAUAUUUGAGACGCUGGUGAAGGGACUGCAGAGACUGGAGUACAGAGGGUACGAUUCAGCAGGUAUUGCAGUGGACGGGCCCAACAAGACAACUGACAUCAACGGCAACACCAUCUGCUUAAUAAAGAAGAAGGGAAAGGUUAAGGCUCUGGAUGAAGAGCUUUACAAGAAAGACACACUGGACCUGGAAGAGCAACUGAGCACACACUUUGGCCUCGCUCACACUCGCUGGGCCACACACGGAGAGCCGAACGCCCUCAACAGCCACCCUCAUCGCUCUGACAAGAACAAUGAGUUUGUCGUCAUCCACAAUGGCAUCAUCACCAACUACAAAGAGCUGAAGGAGUACCUCAUCAUCAAAGGAUACGAGUUUGAGUCAGAGACUGACACAGAAGUGAUCCCGAAACUGAUAAAAUAUGUUUACGACAACAGAGAGAAUGAUAAUGUCGCCUUUUCCAAACUUGUGGAGAGAGUCAUUCAACAGCUGGAGGGGGCCUUUGCUCUGGUGUUUAAAAGUCGUCAUUUCCCUGGAGAGGCUGUGGCCACCAGGAGAGGAAGUCCGCUGCUCAUUGGUGUGCGAAGCGAGCAGGAGCUGCUGACCGAAAACAUCCCUGUGCAGUACAACAGUGUCCAUGAGAAGAACAGCCAUAACCGUUCUGACUGCUCCAACUCCAUCGACUCCGUGGGAGAUGGCAGCGCAGUGGAGUAUUACUUUGCCUCUGACGCCAGUGCCAUCAUUGAACACACCAAAAAGGUGCUGUACAUGGAGGACGAUGACAUCGCCGUGGUGAGUGGUGGGAAACUGUCCAUCCACAGGAUCAACCGGCAGCACGGUGAAGAUCCAGUGAGGGCGAUCCAGACGCUGCAGAUGGAGCUGCAACAGAUCAUGAAAGGUAACUUUGAUUCAUUCAUGCAGAAGGAGAUUUUCGAGCAGCCAGAAUCAGUUGUCAACACCAUGAGAGGCCGGAUUUGUUUUGACACCAACUCAGUGGUUCUUGGUGGGCUGAAGGACCACCUGAAGGAAAUCAAGCGCUGCAGACGGCUCAUCAUGAUCGGCUGUGGCACCAGCUUCCACGCUGCAGUCGCUACCAGACAGAUCCUGGAGGAGCUGACUGAGGUACCUGUCAUGGUGGAGUUGGCGAGUGACUUCCUUGAUCGCAACACACCUGUUUUCAGAGACGACGUGUGCUUCUUCAUCAGCCAGUCAGGAGAGACAGCAGACACCUUGAUGGCAUUACGCUAUUGUAAGGAUCAUGGGGCUCUGACCGUUGGCAUAACAAACACUGUGGGCAGCUCCAUUUGUCGAGAAACAGACUGUGGAGUCCACAUCAAUGCUGGGCCUGAGAUAGGAGUUGCUAGCACCAAGGCCUACACCAGUCAGUUUGUGUCCCUCAUCAUGUUUGCCCUGAUGAUGAGUGAGGACAGGCUCUCCCUACAGCCGAGGAGACUGGAGAUCAUCAACGGCCUCCGGAUGCUACCAGAGCUGAUAAAGAAGGUACUGGCGCUGGAUGAGAAGAUCAAGGCAAUCGCCAAUGAAAUGUAUCAGCAAAGGUCUCUUUUGGUCAUGGGCCGAGGUUUCAACUAUGCCACAUGCCUGGAGGGGGCACUGAAAAUUAAGGAAAUCACUUACAUGCACUCUGAGGGAAUCCUGGCUGGGGAGCUGAAGCACGGUCCUCUUGCACUCAUUGACAAAGACAUGCCUGUGAUUAUGAUCAUCAUGAAAGAUGCCUGCUACACAAAGUGCCAGAAUGCUCUGCAGCAAGUCACGGCCAGAUCGGGUCGACCCAUCAUCCUCUGUUGCCAGGACGACCCUGAGAUUACUAAAAAUGCCUAUCAGACCAUCGAGCUGCCACAUGUUGUUGACUGUCUGCAGGGCAUCCUCAGUGUCAUCCCCCUGCAGCUGCUGUCCUUCCACUUGGCUGUCCUGCGAGGAUAUGACGUUGACUUCCCUAGAAACUUGGCCAAAUCUGUGACCGUGGAAUAAUUCAAAAAACACCACAGAGGAGGAAGAAGGGGGCUCAUAGAUUUAUUGUGCAAUUGAAUGUUCAAAUGUUUGCAUAUGUGUGUUUUAGUGUUUUGUGAGAGUGUGUGUGAUGGGGCUGGGAUGAGGAUCUCUGAAUGCCCGCGUAUACCAAUGAGAGAGUGUGACUGAAGUGAGAGUGUCUG